AUGGCGAAACUGUUGCAGGAUCUUGUGUACCAGGAAGAAUCUCCUUCGAUUUACACAACAGCCCUAUCUGGGAUAACUCUCUUGUUUUUGGCUUACUUGGGUAUCUCAGAAACCUUGGGAAAUCACCUCAAGUACUCCAAAUUCUGGAACGUCAAUUCACAGAAAUCUGGAGGGGGAAUCAAACUACCCAGCAGAACUGGGAUGCUUCUACUCUACAGCCCAGCAGCCGUUGCGGAUCUUGCUUCAUUUCUGAUCUUCCCCGGUGGUGGAAUCAGGUUCUUGAUGCUCAAAUUAGCUAUUACCAUUCACUUCUCCAAGAGGGUCCUAAAUUAUGAUUUCUGA